UACAGGUAACACAGUAUCACUCGGAAGGGCGUUUAGUUUCAACCUUUCAGUUUAUCUUCUUGACUUAGGUUUGCGAGGGCCUAGCAAAACCACAGCUCCCUAAAAGUUCUAGUAACAUAAUACAAAAAGCAGGUAUUUUUAGAAAAGUGGAAUAUUUUGGAAGACUUAUUUCAGAGUGGAUAUGCUGACCUUCGUCUUUGUGUGCCUCUCUAUCUCAGUCACAGGCCUACAUGCCUUUUUGGUUACUGUUCCUAAUCCCUCAGUAAAAGUGAAAGAGAAUGAGGGAGUUGACUUGAAAUGUACCUACUCCGCUGACUUUGGAGCAACACCCAGAGUAGAAUGGAAGUUCAAGGAUCUCAAGGGCUCUCAGUCAUUCGUUUUCUUUGAUAACAAGCCAACUGCUCAGUAUGAAAACCGUAUCACUGUGUAUAAUGGAGGGCUGAGAUUUGACAAGGUGACGCGAGCAGACACCGGGGACUAUGACUGUGAGGUGCUUGGAAAUAAUGGAUAUGACGAGAAGACAAUCAAACUCACUGUCCUUGUGCCUCCUUCCAAGCCUGUAUCCAGAAUUCCUUCUUCAGUCACAACAGGCAGUAACGUCCUUCUGACCUGCUUCGACAAUGUUGGAUCUCCCCCACCCACCUAUAAGUGGUACAAAGACAACACACCUCUCCCUGAUGAUCCCAGCAAGUUCCCCACAUUUAAAAACCUCACCUACAAGAUGAAUGUUUUCAAUGGAAACCUGGAGUUCCCGAGUGUGUCUAAGCUGGAUAUCGGUUCAUAUUUCUGUGAGGCCAAUAAUGGAGAAGGUGCCCCUCAGCGUAGUGAUGCAGUGCAGAUGGAUGUCCGUGAUCUAAAUGUUGGUGGCAUUGUUGCGGGAGUUAUUGUGGCUUUGCUGGCAGUAGGAUUGCUCCUCUUUGCUCUCUGGUUUGCCACUAAAAAGGGAUAUAUGCCAAAAAUAGCAGAAAGCAAGCCAAAAACACAAGCUGUUUAUACACAGCCUAGAGCAGAUGAAGGGGUUGAUGGGGAUGGGGAAUUCAAACAGAAAUCAUCUUUUGUGGUGUAGCCUGCUUUGGAUGAAAUAUCAAGAUUUGUUGCCUAGAUCAAUUUUUUCUUUUUUCUAUUUAAGUUCAUACAAAUCAGGAUCAGUUUGUAUGUGAAGAGUGUGACAUCAAAUGUUCCUCCCUGCCCUGCCUACCACACCACUUGACCAUAGAAAUGUCCAAAAGCUUUAAACCAUCGUGUGUGUGUGUGUGUGUGUGUGUGUGUGUGUGUGUGUGUGUGUGUUAGCUUAAACUUACAGAUUUAGUUUUAGGAAUCUAAAUCCUCUCUCCCAUUUGCAGAAAUGAAUUGAAAUGUAAUGUAUUUAAGUACAAGUAAUCUGUGAGUGGAAAACAGACUUAAAGGGUUUAUUAUCAAUAUUUUAUUAAUAUAAUUUGCUCAAAUUAUAUUAAUUUGUUUAGUUAUUUAUGGAUUGAGGUUAAUUCUGUGUGACUGCACAAUGGGAUGAAAGCUUCUGGGGAAAAGAAGGUACUAUGAAUGUUCCCCAUUCAGGAAAUAAUCCCCCUUCCUACUGAUAUAAACAUUUGCUGUACAUUGUAGUCAUAAGUUGUUUGUUUACUUCACUGGCAUUUUUUUAUGAUAGUGUACUUUGUUUUUAUGUGUUUUAUACAUCAUUCAUGAAAUGUAAAUAGUUUUUUCCGGCUUUUAUAGAAUUUAAAAAUCAUGCUUUAUUGACCUCUCUCUGAAUUGUUCAACUGGAAACUAAUUACGAAACAGUUUUUCUUGUUUGAUUUGAAGUUUUAAUGUCAGACUUGAUCCUGUUCUUCCAAUAAAUUAAACUUACUGAA